GCAGCACAUUUUUGCUUCAAAUCAAGAUGAGGUCAUUGUUAGCUCUAGCUCUUCUCUCUUUCGCUCUCCUCCAGGCAGCAGCUGCUAGUAGUCCCUGCAGGACUGAGAAAACUACAUUCGAGCAUGGGGAAAGGAUAACUGAUCCACUGCCACACACUUACCUUAAUGUUGCUGAUCUCCCGUCUCAGUUCAGCUGGGAGGACAAGGACGGGCAGAACUACCUCACUCCACCAAGGAACCAGCACAUUCCUCAAUAUUGCGGUUCCUGCUGGGCCAUGGGUACCACCUCAGCUCUGAGUGACAGGAUCAAACUGAUGAGGAAAGGAGCUUAUCCUGUCAUUAACCUAUCACCUCAAGUACUGGUGGACUGUGUCACUGCUAAUAAUUCUCAUGGUUGUGACGGAGGUGAUCCUACAGCUGCUUAUUCUUAUAUUUAUGAAAAUGGUGUACCGGAUGAGACAUGUACCAACUACCUGGCAAAGACCCAGUCUUGUGAGCCAGAGAAUGUUUGCCGUAACUGUGACCCAUCAGGGAAGUGUUUCGCUGUACAGAAAUACACCAAAUAUCAGGUGACAGAACAUGGUAGAGUAUCAGGAGAGGAUAAGAUGUUGAGUGAGAUCUAUGCACGAGGCCCCAUUGCCUGUACUAUUGCAGUGACUUCAGCCUUUGAACAAUACACUGGAGGAGUCUUCAAUGACACUACUGGAGCUAAAUCACUGGAUCAUGAGAUAUCCAUUGCUGGUUGGGGAGUUACUAGUGAAGGAGUUAAGUACUGGAUUGGACGCAACUCAUGGGGUACCUAUUGGGGUGAAGCUGGCUGGUUUAGGCUAAUAAGAGGAGUUGAUAACCUUGGGGUUGAGUCCAACUGUGACUGGGCUGUCCCUGCUGCUAUUCACUAACUACUGAACUCCUACAGCUGCUUACCAUUGUAUUAUUGUAUAUUUUGUGUAGUUCCCUUUUGUUAUUUAUUGCUGGUUCAGCUGUUUGCUUUAAUCUUUACCAAUAAU